AUGGACUCUAGAGAUAUAGUUGGAUCACUUUCCUAUUAUUUGAAAAUGUCGAACACUAUAGACGAAAAUAAAUUGGAGAAACUCAUUCUCUCGCAAAUAAUGGAGGAGGAAGGAUUGACCAAUAACAACAAUAAUACUAGUAGCAGCAUUACCACAUCUCAAUCUUUAAUCUCUCUUAAUCAUGAGCAACAACCACAACAAAAUGAAGAAGAGCAACACCAAGUUGUAUCAAACAAUCAUUCAAACACCAGUGAAUCAUACCAUACUCAAGACUUUGAAAAUCCUUCUAAAUCAUCCUCAUCGGAAAUAUUACAAAACCUCCAAUCAGCUGAUGAAAUCAAUUCAAAUAAUUGUCCAAUAAUAGUUUCAUCGUUGUUAGUGGACCAAGAAGAAAAUGCGCCAACAGCACCUCAACAAUUUUUGCUCACUGAGGACAAUCAAAGUUUCCGAAACCCUUCUUCUCGCACUCAGGUAAAACUUAUUAAUAAUAAUACUACCUUCCAAACUAAUACCUCACUAUCUCUAUCACAAUAUGAAACAAAUCAAGAAAAAACUACUCAACACCAUCACCACAUCAUGCAACGAAAAAUAGAACCAAUAAUUACUGAGAGUGGUGGCCUGAUAUCACCAUCAUCUCCUUCUUUAACUUUUAAAAUCAAAGAGGAAACUGCCUCACCAACCAUUUCAACAACAAAUAGAGUUGAGGAUUUUCAAUUUACAGUUGUGGAAAUUCAAACAACUGUCAAUGACGUUAAACCACCAUCAUCAAUAUCGAACUGUUUUUAUUUCAUCAAGAAAUGCUCUAAAAAGGUGGACAAGAUUUUGAUAUGCAUUAUUGUUUCCACAUUGAUAAUUAGCUGUUUCCUUCUUUCAUUCCCAAUACCAUUAAUUUCAGUCGGAACGUAUUAUUUACAAUCGUCAAAAUUCGAAAGCUCAACAGAUUCAGAUGCAAAUUCACUUAUUUUCACAAGAUUUCCUUGUUUUGUAGUUGGGAGGAGUAAAUGCAAUUCAGAUGGGGAUUUGACAGGAACCUUAUUCAAAGUUACAUUUCCCUCAUUUCUAAGGGACAGUUCAGAUCAAAACUCAACCAACCAAUCCACCCAAGCCAGAACAGCAAAAACAAGAAGUCUUCUCACAAGCACGUGCUACACCUACUCGAGUCAAUAUGUAGAAGAGAAGGAAUAUAUUUGUUAUACGAAUAGAGAUGAAUCAAAGGUUUCUCUCUCGGAACCUUCAUCUCAAAACUCUAACUAUUACACCAAUGUUGGAUUUCAAUUGUUAUUAUUUGGAGUUAUUGGUUUGAUUGCAAGUGUGUGCAUUGUCGUAUCCAUAUGCUGUACCAGUUGGAUUCUCAUUGAACACAAACCUUGGAAUAGUUCCUCACUAACAACUCAGGAUCAAGUUCUUAAGGAAGCCACUGCUGAGGCUCAAGUGAAAGAAAAGGUUGAAACAGUUUAG